ACUUUGCACACUCGUCCAUGAUUCGAUAACAGAAACUAACGCGGUGUGCCGGUAAUUGCAACAAUUCAAAUCCUAAUAAAUGGACAUACAUCGUGGUUUACUAAAAAAGCUAAACUCACAACGUUAACUCAACCGCUUCAACAUACAAAACCCAGAAGACCACCCAGAGGUUAAUGGACAUUUUUGCAAACUAAAAACAGCAGCAAAAACUCAAACUAAAAGUUCCUGUUGGCAUAAAAAAAAGCUGUGUGAACGUUGUUUCCAAGUGAAAUACUUACGGCCAAUACCUGAGUGGCCUACGUGAGCUGCGGCUGUAGAUAUCAAAUUCAAAGAAUCUCCCUUUCUGGAGUUGGGUGUGUUCCUCCUUGAAUACCAAACAACACACUUCUCGCCACGAUUUGAUGUUGCCACAAAUUACCGCGAAAACAGCGUUGGCGGCAACUACAAUCAAUCGAUUGAACUUUCUACGCGAUCUGCGUUCUUCUUUGGUGUCCAACUAAAAGCGGCUGGCUUCGUUAAACGUCGACGGCAACGUCACCUUUGGCAGCGAGCCACACAAAAUACACUCUCCAGCAACAAUUGAACAAAUCGUUCAACGUAAUUUCUCUGCUCAGUGUUGUAGUUGUCUUGGCCUUCUGCCACAGCCUUUAGCACAACGUCAGCGCGUUUAUCGGUUCAGUUGGUUCUUGUGUGUGCCGAUCGAUCAGUUUGCAAUUUGCUGCUGUCGUGUCUGCUAUGCUUCGGGAUUUCGCGCUAAAACCUACAACGUCGCUGAAAAAUCUGUGAAAAUAUUCAUUAAGAAAGUACUCGGACGAAAAUUGUGAAUGAGAUUUUAAAUAUAAAACAUUAAUAAAAUUUAAAAAAAUAAUUAAGAAUUUUUUGUUUAAAUUCAAACCAAAUCGUAAAAAAAAUUGAAUUUAUUGUGACUUGUGUGGCUGGCUGACUGGCAUAAAGAGUAUUCACUUUUUGCCAAGGAAAAGUGUGCUCAUUAAAAUAACUCCCCAGUAUUGCCUGUUAUCGGCUGACCCAUUUCUUGGAUUACAAUCUUCACUUGUGGAUUAUUGGCGAUUAUAGCGAGAUUUCAUUAGUGGACUACUGCAGUUCAACUUGAUUGGAUAAUUGUCGUUGGCUGUGUGCAUCACUACAAGGAGUCACAAUGAAGCUGCUUCCAAUAUUUCUAGCCCUGGCCAUUUUCGCUAUCUCCUUCGUCCACUCAGCGCCUGCCGGGGACUCGGAGUGUGAGUUUAACUGUGAUUUGCAGGACUAUAAGCCCGUUUGUGGCACAGAUGACAGUGGAGAUACCAAAACAUUCAACAACAUGUGCAUUAUAAAGACAGAGAAUUGCCUGCGCAAGACCUCAUAUCAGAAAACUGGCGAUGGGGACUGUCCUUAGAUGAGGAACAGGCGGGCAGGCAGGCAGGCAAAUCAGAGAGCCUUGAGGUCUUCUUAAUGUUAACGUUUAAAUCUGGAUUGAAAUGUCUACAAUAAUUAUAAAUACAACUUUUUUAUUAACAUUUUUUUUAUAUUAAUUUAAAAGCUAUCUCCUUAGUUUAAGAUCAGUCAAUCGAGUGGAAAUAACAAUCUAUCAUUGUAUGAUUCAUACAAAUGGCAAGGACAAAAACAGAACUUUAGAGCAUAAAACAUCUACCAAUUAAUAUUUAUCAUAAAUUAGUCUGUAGUCUCUCUUUAUACGUAUAAAUAUGUACAUCUAACUAAAAUUUAGAAUCCUUUGAAGUGGACAAAUCCGAAUUUCUUAGAAUCCCAUUUCCUAAUCCCCCCCCCAUCCACAUAAAGCGUUCGAUGUGUUGGCUUAGCUUUAUCGAUAUUUAAAAUUGAUGGAUAAAAAAUGGUAUUUGUGUGAUAUUUUUAAGUUUAAAUUAGUGAUGAGAACUUCAUCUAUGUCUUCAAUUAGAUUUCUGUGAAUCAAAAUAAUCUACGAUACUAUGCUUAAUGCAGGAAAUAAAAGAAAAAUAAAAAACUGAAA